AUGUGGUGGGGUCAUAGUAAGUCGAUUAUGAAAUGUGAUAUAGUUUUGUUCCUUUAUUAUGAUUUAACUUGCAUCGGAAGCUCUCUGAUAGUACUUAUUGUUAAUGUUAUGACAUGCAGUGGAUACAUAGCUCCUGAAUAUCUAUACAGAGGUGAAAUCUCUACAAAGUCGGACAUAUACAGUUUAGGUGUACUAAUCCUUGAGACCACCACAAGAGAGGAGAAUUGUUGCGGGAACGAACCAUCUGCAGGACAAUUUAUUAAAAAGGUACGUGAAAACUGGACAGAGGAGCACAUUGUAUCAGAGUACCCAUCAUUAAAAGCAGAUUGCCUCCGACAAGUAAAAAAAUGCAUCGAAAUUGGACUGCAAUGUGUUGAGACUGAUCGGCAGAGGAGACCUACCAUAGAGGCAAUUAUCGACAAGCUCAAUGGACGACAUUCUAAUUGA